AUGGCGUUCUUGCUCGCUUCGAACAUCUUCGCCUUCAAGGGCGCGUUCCAGGCGGAGGUGACUGUGGGUGAGAACGAGAACGCGGAGAGCGCGAUUCGACGAUUCAGAAAGGCGGUGAUGUCUUCCGGUCACAUCCAAGAGACCCGACGCCGUAGGUACUUUGAGAACAAGCAAGACAUCCUCAAGCGCAAGCAGUCGACGCCGCGCAACAAGAAGGGUGGUAAGCCGAAGACGGCCGCGCAAGCGAUCGCGGAAAAGGAGGCGGCUGCGUUGAAUCAGGGUCAGGGUCAGCGCGCCGGUGGUCGCCGCUUCAACAACUAA